AUGAAGUUAUUAAACGAUAUUUAUGGGCGUCAGUGGUGUAAUGGUCAGCAUGGUUGCCUUCCAAGCAAUCGACGGGGGUUCGAUUCCCCCCUGACGCAUCUGGGAGCAGUAUUUUCUCUGGUCCACCGCCAUUUUACAGGUUGUGGCCACCACUCAAAAUAUCCUACAACUCAGUUGCAACACACACCAUACUGCUCUACAUUAUGUUGGCUUAUGACCUGA